UUUCGGAGCGGCCGUGAGGCGGCGGCGGGCGCCAUGCGGAGCCGGGCGGAGGUGGAUGCGACGCUGCAGACGGCCAAACUCAACCCGGCGGAGCUGCUGCCGGCUGUGCAUUGCCUCAGCUUCGGCCCGCAGGCCGGCACCGGCGACUGCUGCCUGCUGCAGCUGGAGCCGGGCCUCUGCGCCGAGCUGGAGGCGGGACGCAGCCUGGUAAUCCGUGGUGAAAAGGAUGAACAAGCAGUGUUGUGCAGCAAAGAUAAAACUUAUGACAUGAAAAUAGCAGAUACCUCAAAUAUGUUGCUGUUUAUUCCUGGUUGCAAAACUCCGGAAGAGCUGAAUGGAGAUCAAGCGUCUUGUGAUAUUAUUCAUUCACAGAUUGCUGGCUUCUCCAAUAACUACUGGGAAUUAAGGAGAUGCCGACCUAAACUGAAGAAAUUGAGAAAGCUUUUAAUGGAAGAUCCGUAUGAAGGGCCAGAUAGUCGGAAAGAUCAGACUUCGACGUUUUCAAAGUAUACAACAGAGGAUUUGUUAAGUCUGAUUCAAGCAAGCGAAGAAGAAAUACUGCACCAAUUGCAGAUUAUAGAUGCCUGCAAAAUUGAAGGAUACUGGCGAAUUCUAGAAUUUGACUAUGAGAUGAAACUCUUGAAUCACGUGACUCAGCUAAUAGACUCAGAGUCCUGGUCUUUAAGUAAUGUUCCUUUACGUACCUGCCUUGAGGAACUUGGAUCUUUAGAGCCCAGAGAGAUGAUAGAACAUAUUCUUUUAAGCUAUGGAAGGAAAUACAUUGAUGAUGCAGGGGAGGUUUACUUUGAAAUGCAUGAAGACAAAAUAUGCAGAGCUAUAGCACAAAUGCUUUUGCAAAAUGCAGUUAAAUUCAAUCUAUCAGAGUUCCAAGAAGUCUGGCAACAAAGUGUCCCUGAAGGGAUGACAGCAAGGCUUGAUCAGCUUAAGGGCUUGGCUCUUGUGGAUAAAACCUCAAGACCAGAGACCAUCUUUCUGCUAAAAGUAGAAGACUUACCUGAAGACAAUCAGGAAAGAUUCAACAGCUUAUUCAGCAUACGGGAAAAGUGGACAGAAGUGGACAUUACCCCUUAUAUACAGGACUUAUGUGCAGAGAAGCAGACAGUUGGUGCUCUUCUGACAAAAUACGCUCGCUCCUCAACGCAGAAUGGUGUUAAAGUGUAUAAUUCUAGAAGACCCAUCUCAUAACAAAUAUUGUUUUAAGAACUGAGAAUGCGGAAUUGGAGUAACAACAAAUGUUGCUUCUUGCUGCCUUCUGGGGAAAGUUGUCAACUGGUAUCAUACAGUGUUCUUGAGUUUAAAGAGCUAAGCUUGCACAAGUUGUGUUUUCUGCUCAGCUAAGUAGAAUGUGAGGGCGCUUGCGUCUUCUAAGAAACUAUAGCGUAAACAGCCAUGCCCCACUUCCUUUGCCCACCUUCUUUUUCCUGUGUGUCUGUAGUUAUGCCAGAAGCCAAGCUACUUGAAUACACUUCAGCUUUCUAUCCAUAAACUGAAGUCUGACAUUAAAAAAUAAAACCUCCUUGAUAAUAAUUAAAUCAAUCGAAUUGAUUUCAAGAGCAAAAUGGAAUGCUUAGUCUUUUACCCAUUAGUGAACGUUCUUAAAGAUGACCAUUUAAUUGCAGUGUUGACAUUUUGAAUGCUGCAGACCUUGACAAGCUCACGAACAAGUUAUUCCUGUCUAGGACUACACUAGUCUUAAUUUUGGAAGGUGGUUCUUUUUAUGGUCAUUUCUGUGUAUAACAUUGGCACAAGCUCUUGACUCUUUAACACUUGGCAGAAUUGCCUUUUAAAUAUUACAAAAAACCAAAUUGUAAUCAACCGUGAAGAUAUGAGAGAAUAGUUGGACAUUGUGUUAUGAACUUCCUAUAAUGGCCAUUAGAAUGUAGCUGUGGUAAAAUGUUUUACAGAAGGUUACCUUUGCUUUUUAAAGAGAACUUAUAAAACCUUGUAAUAUGAUUAUUUUUUUUUAAACUUUGUUAUGGCAAAUAAAUGCACGUUUAAAUUGUGCCUUGAAAACUUAAGGUGGAAUAUUAUUUUGUGUACAGCAGUGAAACAGGGUAUUUUUAUAAUAUUGUCAUAAAGUGAAGUGCCUGAAAUGGAAAUUUUGUAAUCAUUAGAAAUGAUUGUUUGCAUUUGUCAGUGAACCAGAGUUUAAUUGUCAGUUAACCAGAGUGCCAGAGGGAUGGGAUGUCAUCCAAAGGGACCUGGAUGAACUAGAGAGGUAGGCCCAAGCAAACUUUAUGAAGUUCAACAAGGCCAAGUGCAAGGUCCUACACUUGGGUUGGUACAACCCUUGUUAUCAAUACAGGCUGGGGGAUGAUGUGAUACAGAGCAGCCCUGGGGAAAAGGACUUGGAGGUACUGGUGGAUGAAAAGCUGGACAUGAGCCAACAAUGUGUGCUUGCAGCCCAGGCGGCCAAUCGCCUCCUGGGCUGCAUCAAAAGAACUGUGGCCAGCAGAUCCAGAGAAGUGAUGCUCCCCCUCUACUCUGCUCUCGUGAGACCCCACCUGGAGUACUGUGUCCAGCUUUGGAGUCCUCAGCACAGGAAGGACAUGGACCUGUUGGAGUGGGUCCAGAGGAGGGCCACGAAGAUGAUCUGAAGGCUGGAGCUCCUCUCCUAUGAAGACAGGCUGAGAGAGUUGGUGUUGUUCAGCCUGGAGAAGCGAAGGCUCCAGGGAGACCUUAUAGCAGCCUUCCAGUACCCAAAGGGGGCUUAUAAGAAAGCUGCGGAGGGUCUGUUUGCAAGGGCAUGUAGUGAUAGGACGAGGGCCAAUGGUUUUAAACUAGAGCAGGGUAGGUUUAGAUUAGACAUUAGGAAGAAGUUCUUUACAAUGAGGGUGGUGAAACACUGGCCCAGGUUGCCCAGAGAGGUGGAGGCCCCAUCCCUGGAGACAUUCAAGGCCAGGCUGGCUGAGGCUCUGAGCAACCUGAUCUAGUUGAAGAUGUCCCUGCUUACUGCAGGGGGGUUGGACUAGAUCGCCUUUAAAGGUCCCUUCCAACCCAACACAUUCUAUGAUUAAUAUUAGACGUUUUUCAGAUUAUUUUUUUUAACUUAACAAUUGUAGGAUUGGUGGGCUUUUUUUAAUACAAAAAGCAUUUGCUGCAUCAAACUGAGAUGUAAGGUAUGAAAAACCUUGGAAUUGCUAGCAUGCUGAAUGUAGGGUGAGCUGGGGGAAAAACUAUGAAUCAAAUGUAACUCAUAAGAUGGACGUGUGCAUCCUCGGAACUUUGUUACAUGUAAA